UAUGUUGACAGAAUUUAAGUAGUAAUAUGGAAUAAUGUCUCAUUGUUCAACAAUAUGUAUUGAUUUGUUAAUCAAUGUUAAAUCAAUGAUGUAUUACUGUCCUCUUCACCCAGAUUGAACUCAUCUUACUAUGGAUGUUUUGCGUGGAAAGUUGUGGUAAUGGCUACGGUGAUGCGAAACAGCUCUGAUAGCGAUGUGGAGGCCCAGCUAAUCUAUGCUCUCACGCUGCCCGUGUCCUGCGCUAUAAUCCUGAUCAACCUGCUCAUAAUCCUGGCCAUCACCUGCAGCCGUCAGCUUCACAGCUCGCAGAACUACUUCUUCGUGAGCCUGCUGGUGGCCGACCUGUGCACAGGUGUUGCUCUUCCCUUCAUUCCCUGGAUGGGCCUGAACCGCCCGCUCAGCUUCUCCUCCUGUCUGCUGGUGCACAUUUUCCCUAACUUUCUGUUCCUGGCCUUCCUCUCUAACCUAGUACUGGUGCACUACGAGCGUUAUCGUAGUAUCGUGAGUCCCCUCCGGCGUGGACAACUCUGGCUGCAUCGGCGAUUCGCUCUCGCUCUGCUAGCCGCGUGGAUGCUGCCGCUACUGUUCGCUCUGUUGCCUGCCUUCGGCUGGAACAACAAGGCUAUUCAUGACCGGAACGGUUGUUGUCCAGAAACCAACAGCACGGCACAUUCGAACUGCGUGGCGUUGUCUGGAGAGCGUUGCUGUACAUACCGAAGUGUCUUUCCUAAUGCUUUCAUCUAUUUGGAGGUGUAUGGCCUACUGGCACCCGCUAUCCUCUCCAUUGCUGCGAUGACGUGCCGUGUGCUGUGGAUCACCCGAGAACAGCUGAGGGACAUUCAGCGUCUGCAACGGGCCGUGGCAAACAAGGGAUACAGACGGAGACUGGAGAUGCGUUACGCUUGUUGUGUGGCAGCCGUUUCCCUCGCCUUCUUGGCCUGCUGGGUGCCCUACAUUGUUUACACUCAUAUAGGCAUGGAGUUUUUGCUUCGUCGGGGAGGAAAGAGCGAUCGCACGGGCCACAUUGUGCUGUCCUGUGUCGGGGUCGGGGGCAUUGCUGUCGUGCCCCUGCUUCUGGGACUUGCCAACAGGGAGUACACAGAUCCGGUCAAGAAACUGUUCCGCAAACUGCGGCACCGCUGCGGAAAUACAAGUGUGCAAAUGGACACUAGACUUCCGUUCUGUCGCAGCUGAUGUGAUUGACUUUCAAUUGAAGUUUAUAUUUAUAAUGUUCAUAAGAUAAACUGUGAUUUUGGUUUCAUUCUCAAAAUAAAAUGGUUUGGAAACAUAAAAUGGUUUGGGCAAUAUAAACAGAGGACAAAAUCAGCUGUUUUGG